GCUUGUUGUGUUUUUGUUCCUGUCCCCUCAGGGAGACGUCGUUACGUAACGUAUCAAGGUGUUUAUUUGCUGAGCGCUGGGCACGCCUGUUCACUGUGACUAUCAAACGACUUCGAUCAACUACACUUCACAGCUGACUUCUCCGGGGUUAAAUGUUUCCGAUCAUCGUCGAGCUGACACAAACAAGUUUUGAAACAGGUGGAAAAGUGGAGAGGGGCCAAAGGCAGACCAAUGGCCACAAUGCAUCACCUAGAAUACCCCCUCAGGGACUCAUUUUACUUGGAUGAGUCAGAGUGUCUCAACUACUACGGGAUGUUGUCCCUCCAUGAGGUCUUUGAAAUAGUUGGUUGUCAGUUGACAGAGACCGAUAUUGAAGUCAUGUCAUUCCUCCUGAAUGAAACCUGCCAUACCUCACACCCGCUUGACCCAGCAGGCUGGACAGUAGAGCCCUGUGAGGGUGAUCCAGUUGACUCGGGUCUAGCCCCAAGUUCUGCACUGCUCAAUGCCUGGAGGAGGUAGCCUCAGAACUCCCAAGGCCCAACACUAGCCUCUUUUAAACCCAAGAGUGGCCUUGAGCUGUUGUUAGAACUGGAAAAGAACGGAUACCUCAGUGAUGGCAACCUGGAGCCACUACUGCAACUACUGAGAGUUCUUACUCGCCAUGAUCUGCUGCCUUUAGUGUCCCACAAGAAAAGGAGGACAGUAUCUCCAGAGAGAGGUGGACAGAUGUAUGGAAUAGAGAAUGGAGAGAUGAUGUGUAUUUCUGGAAUGCAACACAGCUGCAGACAGAUGGAUACACCUCUUCCGUCUUUUCACACGCAAUUAAGAACUGGUGUCUACCCUCCUAUGCCUGUGCCACCUGCUAGGAGGAGGAGGAAGACGAGGGGUUAUGGCUGGAGCCGCAGACCCAAGAAAACACACAGACAGGAGCAACCACUGCCUCCACCUCCAACACCGCUGCCUCAUAAGGCGUCCUGUGACAUCCGCUUGCGUAUCCGGGCCGAGUACCUGGAGCACGAGUCGGCACUCCGUGAUGGUGUCUCCUCAGACAAACAGCAGCCCCUGGAGCGGCAGUUUGAGUUGUUCAGCCAAGCCAACUCGCUGCUUCGUGCCAGAGACCUGGGUUCUGUCGCCUGUGACAUCAAGUUCACAGAGCUGGACAACCUCGAGGCCUUCUGGAGUGACUACCUGAGCGGGAAUCUGCUGGAGGCCCUGAAGGGAGUCUUCAUCACUGACUCCCUGAGGAUGGCAGCAGGUAUGGAGGGUGUCCACCUGCUGAUCAGUGUGGAUCAGGACGACUACGAGGAGGGCCGGAGGCUGCUAAGAGCCAGGAGAACGAUGUCACGCAGAAAUGGUGCUACUUUCUAUGAUGCCAAGAUGAGACAAGAUGUAGCAAGAGUUUCCUUCUUAGCCUCAGUGAGAACAGGAGCAAGCAAGCCUGUACCACAAGAUCAAGUGGUAAGCCUUUCAGAACAUAAGAAGUAUUUCAUAUGGUUAAUACAUUUGGGCUUCCACAAAUAAAACUUAUACUCAUAAACAAGG